AACCCACAAACUGUGAGACCAUGACCUGGGCUGAAGUUGGACUUAACUCACUGAGCCACCCGGGCGCCCCUACAGGUGUUAAACUUAAAAACUUCUUACUUUGAAUCUCAGUCUUGCAGAGACGUUGCAAAAACUGUACUGACUUGCCACGUACCUUCCCCAGUGUUCACAUUUUACCAAACAUAUGCCCACUCUCUCCGUCUCUCUCUCGCUGUGUGUGCGUGCACGUGUGUGCAUAUACACAUACACACAUAUGGGUAUGCGUACAUUUGAGAGAGUAAGUUGUAGAUGUGAUGCCCCCCAGUACUUCCGUAUGCAUCCCAAAGCAAGGAUGCUGUCUUCGUUAAUCACAGCACGGUGAUCAAACUCAGGUAAAACACUCUUACCUACUCUGACCGUGUAAACUUUGCCGGUUGUCUCACGAACGAGCGACUGUCCCGCUACCGGCAAAAAGGAAAGAGCAUUUGGGGGGCCCAGGCCCCCGUUGAGGACCACACACACCUGUCGCUUCACUUACUGGAGAAGUCUGUCGGCCUCUUGCACGUUCCCGCUUUGGAAGCUUAGGGGCCAGUCACUUCGUAGAUUGCCCCUCAGUUUCGGAUGGUGAGCGCAGCCUCGGGAUCGGGCAGGACUCCUCCCACGUCUUAGGUGUCCUUCUCGGGAGGGCUGUGAUGUUCCUUUGUCUCCUUACUGAUCAUCGGAAAGUUCACUGUUUGGUUACAUGUUGUCUGCCGGGUGUCUUCACUGGGAAGCUACUGUUUUCCCGUGUAAUCAGUGGUACGUGAGGGCAGGUGUGCUGACAUCAGGUGCGUUUCCUCUUCGGGGCCUCGUACGGGCCUCCCCGAGGAGUCCCGCCUGAGGCUCCGGUUACCGUGCCUGUGGCCAGCGCGAUGGCAUUGCAUCCGCCCCUACCUACUGGAUGGACCGCGCUAUAAUUCAGAGCUGUGCCUUCCCCCACUUUGUCCUUCGUUUACGUGCGUGUAUCAACACGGACGGCUUUGGGCAGCGUCGACGUUUUCACAGUGCUUGUUCUUGGAGCGCGUGAGCAUGGAAGGUCUUCCUGCUUCUUUGAGUCACCUCCGAUUUCCUGUGAAAGCUUCCUCUAGUUUUCAGAGUCAGGCCUUUCGCCUCUUUGGUCAGCUUUAUUCCUGGGUACCUCAUUGGACUCACCGAUGGUUGUUUUACUCCGAGUACUGUCAUACCCCGUCGCCCGUUGUCCCACGUUUGGCCCGUGAGAGCUUCUGCAAGCUGCUUCGACUCCUUCUGGUGUGUCCCCGUAAUUUUUGAGCACAGGCUCCGGGUCACCUUGUGCCUUCCCUGCCCCAGCCCUGGGAUCACGUCAGCCACUGCUCUCCGGAGCCCCGAUUCUUUGUUCUGGGGAGUGACAUUUAUCACCCAGGGUCUGGGUGGUACCGGGUGUCGCUGCUUCUCCACCCUCUCGGGGGACAGGGCUGAAGCAGGUGCACACGUGUGUGUGUGGGUGUGUGUUGAACGCACGGGAACUCACACCGACAGCUCCACUUCCGUUCCAGCAGGGCGGGGUCCCCCCCGAGCCGUUCCCUGUCUGUGUUUGGGGCCCCUUCUCUGUCACCGACUGUCCUGUGCUUAUUCCCCGUGUAUUCGUGUGUCUUCCCAGUCUCACGAAGCAUCUGCCUGUUUAUCAAACCCAAGGAAGUGUACCUUUUAAGUCAGGAAGUCAGUGGGGUGUUGCAGGAAGAGGCUCGUCCAUCCGCUGUGUCGUGGCUCCGUGCCCGAGGGGGGGCGGCCUCCUCCUGGCCCAGUGAGGGAGGGCGCUUCCAGAGCUGAGGGCAGGGCGCCGCCGGCCUGUGCGGGGAGUGCCGCGGGUGGAAGCAGGGCCGCCCCGCGUCCUCGCCGCUGAACGUCCCGUCUGUUGGAGAGGAGCGGGCGGCGCAGGGACGCAGGGCCUCGGAUCGGCGCCACUUCCUGUGCCCGAGUCCCCGUGGGCGGCGCACCGAGGGCCCCGUGUUCACCUGCACGCCCGGCGGGGCUCGCCCAGGGGAGGACCCUCUGACGGAGCUGGGAGCCCACGCGGGGCCCCGCACCCUCUUUUGGGAGUACGGUGUACCUGCAUAAAAGCCAGGGGCCGUUCUGACGCUGUCCCGUGGACGUGUAUGUGCAGGCCUCCCGACACGGCUGGCCCCGGACUGUGAUGGAGGGCUGCGCGCUGUCGGCCAAGCUCGGCGCCGGACCGCGCCCUGGCGGACGUGCCUCGGUGACGUUUGAUGGAGGCCACUCCCGGCUCAGCCUUGCGGCCGGCCGGGCCUGGAGAGGAGGGUGGUGUCGCUUUCAGGUGUUCCCUAGGGAGGGUGGCUCUGGCGUCGACUGUCUGUCUGGCGGGAAGUGCGCUGAGGACGUGGACCCCCCAGAGCUGUUCUUUGAGCCUCCGUCGGAGCAGCGCCACGAGCUGCUCUCGUUCCGGCGGCCACGGAAGUAAUGGCGACAGGAGAAAGGGCUCAAAAGUGCAGCGAGGACACGUGGGUGUCGGGGCCCGCGGAGCUGGGGUGACUCGCGUGUCCAGCGCGCGCCCCGUCAACAGCCACGGAACCUGCUCUGAUCCAACUGCUGGGUCCGGGACAUGUGGCUCUGCUCGGCCAGUUGCUCAGACGCCAUUUGCUUUUGAUGCAAGAUGAUUUGAUGCUUUCCUCUGAGACCCAUGAACCAUGAUGGCUACACAGACACUAAGCAUAGACAGCUAUCAAGACGGGCAGCAAAUGCAAGUAGUAACAGAGUUAAAAACGGAGCAAGAUCCCAACUGCUCUGAACCGGAUGUGGAAGGAGUGAGCCCUCCCCCGGCGGGCUCCCAGACACCAAUGGACGCAGACAAGCAGGCCAUUUAUAGGCAUCCACUAUUUCCACUACUAGCUUUGUUGUUCGAAAAAUGCGAACAGUCUACCCAGGGCUCAGAAGGCACGACCUCUGCCAGUUUUGAUGUAGAUAUUGAAAAUUUUGUAAGAAAGCAAGAGAAAGAAGGAAAACCCUUCUUUUGCGAAGACCCGGAAACCGACAAUUUAAUGGUGAAGGCAAUCCAGGUUUUGCGCAUCCAUCUUCUUGAGCUGGAGAAGGUGAACGAGCUCUGCAAAGACUUCUGCAGUCGCUACAUUGCUUGUCUAAAGACGAAAAUGAACAGCGAGACCCUCCUGAGCGGGGAGCCCGGAAGCCCGUACUCCCCCGUCCAGCCCCAGCAGAUUCAGAGUGCCAUCUCAGGCACCCUCAGCCCCCAAGGAAUCGUGGUGCCCGCGUCCGCGCUGCAGCAGGGGAACGUCACCAUGGCAACAGUGGCAGGUGGCACGGUGUAUCAGCCUGUCACGGUUGUCACUCCUCAAGGCCAGGUGGUGACACAAGCCCUGUCGCCCGGCACCAUCAGGAUCCAGAACUCCCAGCUCCAGUUACAGUUAAACCAAGAUCUCAGCAUCUUGCAUCAAGAUGACGGCUCAGCUAAGAACAAAAGGGGCGUUUUGCCGAAGCAUGCCACCAACGUGAUGAGAUCUUGGCUCUUUCAGCACAUAGGGCAUCCCUACCCGACAGAAGAUGAGAAAAAACAGAUCGCUGCUCAGACAAAUUUGACACUACUCCAAGUUAACAACUGGUUCAUCAACGCCAGAAGACGGAUUCUUCAGCCCAUGUUGGAUUCUAGUUGCUCAGAAACUCCAAAAACCAAGAAGAAGACAGCUCAGAACAGACCGGUCCAGAGGUUUUGGCCCGACUCCAUCGCCUCGGGAGCUGCACAGCCGCCGCCCAGCGAGCUGGCCAUGUCGGAAGGAGCUGUCGUGACGAUCACCACGCCCGUGAGCAUGAACGUGGACAGCCUGCAGUCUCUGUCCUCGGACGGCGCCACCCUGGCGGUACAGCAGGUCAUGAUGGCGGAGCAGAGCGAGGACGAGUCUGUGGACAGCACGGGGGACAGCGGGGCCGCGCUCGCCCCCACCCACAUCAGCGGGCUGGUCCUGGAGAACAGUGACUCCCUGCAGUAGGGCCGGCACAGCCCAGAACCGCGGGGCGGGCCUGACUUUUUACAGUUUGCACAGCAAACAUUUUACACACUUUUAUUUCUGACAUGUUUUAUACGUAGAUGGAGAAGAAUGCACUUUUGUAUUUCAUAGUGAGCUUCGAGAGCGCCCUCGCGGGCGCGGCGACUUUCCGGUGUGCGUGUGUGUGCGUGUGUGCGUGCGCGGGUUUUUAAGGAGAUUCUUUAAAGGUUUAACGCUAAAAAUGUGAUGAAUGACAGACACCCCCGUGAGCCCCUAAUUAGUUAAGGAAUAGUGCUGCCAUUUUCUAGAAAAUUAUGCAGUUUUAAUUUCGUUCUGUGGUUGAAGCAGGUCCCAGUGGGCUGGUUUAUUUGUGUCGCCCACGGAUUGGAGAGAAGCUUCUGCACCUUAAAACUGCCAGUGCGAGGUAGACGCCCACGGCAACAAAGUGCGUGUGGCCCGUGGUGAGCGUGCUCUGGUGGACAUACGCCGAGGUCCCCACGGACUUGGUGAGCCUGUUUCAUUUGCUAUAUAUGAAAAGAAACUCCUAUUUUUACCUUGCUGGAAUUAUUGGAUAAAAAGCUAUUUUUAUAAAUUCGCUAUGAAUUGGAUUAUGACUAUAUUGAGGAUAAAAUUUCUAGAGAAGAAACACACGUGCUUACUAUUUCAAUUUGGAAUGUUCUGAACUGACCAAAUUUAGUGAACCUGCCCAAAGGUAGCUAGCAUUCCACGGUUCUCCACCGUCCCGGGGGAGUGAUUGACAUGUAGUACCGUAGAAGAAACGAGCGUCUAAUGCAAUUUUGACACCUUCAGACUUCAGUUUAUAUGUAAAAGCUCAGAUUGCAUUUCACACUUGAUCUGAACCUGUAUCUAAAGGUGUUUGCUAAAUAGGACUUAGGUGAGUUAAGUGAGGUGGUAACCAGUAGUCAGAAGCUGUGACCACACACGUCAGUCUAAUUUAAAUUCGACUACAGUUAAAUGGUUACUGCGCCAGUUAGCUGUGUAUUGUUUUAGAAGUUUUUAGUCGGCCCUAUGUUAUGCAUAGAAUGUUUAUUAUAAACUAAUAUAAGAUGUGCUCUGUGCCACCGGCUCAGAGUGAGGCCCAGUAACCAGCACCCACGCUGUUACGCAAUUAACAUGUCCCCAGAGCGACACAGCUCCCCGGGCGGGCUCUCCGGCCUCAGCUCACACGCGUCUGCCGUCGGUCCCGGGGUCAGUAUUUUCUCCCCGUACGUCGUCGCUUGGGGAUUCCUGGCCGCCCCCCCCCCCCACCUCCCACCCCCACCCCCGACUUGAUCACAUGAGGUUUGGAGUAAUUUUAGGACUUCCGUUUCCCGGUGACAAGGCAGACCAAAAGAGUAGACUGGGUUUUGUUGCCUUUGUUUUCAUUUAUUUGCAAGUGGGGCUUUUGCUCGGAAAACAAGCCACCUUGUCUCAUCAAGCCUUUGUGUCGUCUUAAAGGGGACGCCCAGUGUUCGUGUUUCUAAAAGGUGGUUUGGUGUUUGGGAAGGUCGCCAGUUCUGGAGAUUCAGCAGCCGUCAUCAGUUACGGACCAAGGUUACAUUGCAGGAUAUCUGGAGCUGGGGCAGAUUUUUUCUGGAACUGAUUCCCCCCCCCACUCCCGCAAAAUUGGUUAAUUACAGUUAAUCACAGAAGACUUAUUUCCUAGGUAACUUAGGAGGUGGUAAGAAAUACAUAGAAUUUUCUUUGAAAAAUACUUCAGGAGCUUUAAAAGAAAAAGUGGACUAAACUCUUUUGGAGCGAGAACAACAUUUUUAAGCAACAGUUGCGUUCCUUAUUUAGAAACAAUUUGUAAUAUUUUCAGUUUCGUAGAUCAUUUUAACUUGACCUAAAUCCUAACUUGGUUGGACUUCUUGAAACUAGGAGCUGUGGACACCAGCCAGCCACCUCCCUCCCUCCCCAGUCCCUCUAGUCGCCCUGCUCUUUGGGUGCGUGUGGACUCACAGGCAGGUCACUGCCCCCCCCCAACCCCCCCCCGCCCCAGGGGUCACGUUCACUGAGCUGCGGUAGCCUGUUAGUCGCGGGCUACACAGACUGCCCGUUUGGAGACAGACGGGGGCCGUGCGGGGUCCCGCUGCCCUCGCUGGCCUGAGAUCGGCCUUCCGUGCCUGGUGACGCACCGCGCUCCCUGCGGCUGAAGCCGGUUUCCUUAGGCUCGAAGUUCUUACCAGGUUCGGAGGACUAGGAUAAGCCGUCCAGAGACAGGGCGCUCGUGGACAGGCCUCAGCUUCCCCCCCCACUCUCCCCGCGAAUAACCGAGGUGCUCGGAGACAACCUUGGCGUGGCAAGCCGUUUCGGUUCAUAAAACCGCUGCCCGGCGUGCCUGUCGUCGGUUUGCAUUUUAUAAACCCCCAUCUUCCAGCCCUCGGACCUUCAAGAGAACCUUUGAAAAUGGGACUCCCUCGAGCGUUCAUUUUCACGGAGCAGAUUCGAUCCUGACUUUGCGCCAGAAGGACGCUCCGGAUGUGUCCCCAGACCCAGAGUAAGAGUGUUGUUACCUGUCCCGCGGCUUCGCCGUCCCCAGACGAGCCGCCGCCGCCGGACCCGGCUUGCCGUUUUCUGGCUGCAGGUAGUGACGUCCGUUUCGGUCUCUGUCCGGGACGCACGGUGGGGCGGCAGGCGGUACCAGAGCGCACCUGCGGGUCGCGGCGGCCUUUUCUGUGCGGCCCUCACCUGUGUGAGCCGGCUCGGGGCCCUUGCCUUUUAGACAAACUCAACCCUACCUGGACGGUGGGCAAGGCCCACCUCUGGCGGUUAGGGACGGAAGUGACCCAGCAAUCUGCCUUUGUUUUAGUUGUGUUCGGUCUACGAACUGACAAUCUUUAAAAUGUGAAUACUGUAACAAUAUGUUUUCUUGGAUUGUUGUCUCGAAAGGGGAUUUUUGUGAAGCAACUGAUUUAUCAAAGCAAAAAAAUUAAAAAUAGAAACAUG